AUGUCACUAAGAACCUUAUCAAGUUUUGAAAAGAGGCUACUGACUCAAUCCAUUGAGAAUAAGAGAAACGGUACAACAUUUGCUGCUAGUUAUUAUUCCUGUAAUGAAAAUUGGGAUGACGAUAUAACGUUAUCUACAGUUAGAGAUUCUAGAUUAACCCUUCCAAUUUUGACACAUGCACUACAAAGAUUAAUUUCGAAGAAUAUCGAAUUGGCUUUAACCAUCAACGAGGAUAUUGAAUACGAGCUAUUGAAAAGAAUCAAGACUGACUCAAUUAUAAAGUUGGUUCAAUUUGGGUCCUUUAAAGAUGAGAAAGUAAAUUGCCACGCUGGUGCUCCUCCAUAUCUAUUACGUCAUAUCUACAAUAAUUCUAAAUUUACACCCGGUAGCCAAGAACCCCUAUGGGAAUUAUACGUAGUUGAUGAAUCACUUGUGAUUUUCCACGGUCAAGAUGUAUUAUUUGAUUCAUUCUCAGGUGCUAAUUUUCAUAAAUUAUUAAUGGAGGAAAUUAAUCAGGUUAUAUUAAAUCAUAAACCUGAUACAGAGCUUAAGAAAUUAGAUUAUAUAUUCAACAGAAAUGAAAUACACACAGAUACAGUACUACCAAAAUCAAUAUAUGAUAAUCCAAAAAUACAUCUACCCGCAAAGACAACUAAUCUUUUCAGUUUACAAACCCAAUCAUUUUUUAAGUCAAUAUUUUUCAAUACUGUAAGGAAGCCAUUAGAUGUUUUACCUUUCUUUAGUUCUAAUGAUGAAGAGGUCCAUUACAAGAAUCUCGAAGAAUAUAAAUCGAUUGGUUCGUUUAAUGAAUUGGAUUCAAAAACUAAUCUUUGUGGAACUACAGUAUUUGGCACUAUCUCUAGGGAUAGAUUUAAUUAUCUAAAUUCUCUCGUGGAACAAGAAAAUAUCUGUUUCAGAAGUUUAAUAUGUGGUAUAACUAUGCUUUGUUUAAAACCACUUGUAAAGAAUUUUGACAAUUCUGUAACUUUUUCUAUGGACAUCGAUCUAAGAAACUUGGUUGACAAUCCGGAACAAUCAACAAAGAAUUUUGGUCUAUACUACAAAGAAAUUAGGGUUGAAUGUCCACUUUCAUUAAUCAACGAUAACGAGUUUAUAACAAGUGAAGAUGAAGCUGAUUCCAAAACUUUGAAUGAAGAAGACUCGGAGCAAAUGGAAAAAUUAUUAGAGUUUCAACUUAAAAACGUAACAAACCAUGUAAAAAAUGUAAUCAAUGAAAAUAUAAGAAGGUUUGAAAAGUUUGGCUUUGAUGAUGACGAUAUUAGACGAAUGAAAUAUUCAAACACUGACGAAUUUUCAUCUGAGAAGGAACAAGAGAAAGUUAUUAACAUUUGUGACACUUCUGAUAUCGUUCUUGGUGAAGCUGAACAGAAACGUGAAGGUCUAUUCAAUCUAAAGAAUACCAGUUUUACAAAGAGUUUGAAGAAAAACGAAUAUAUGUCACUGUGUUAUAGUUAUUGUAACGAUACCGGUCUGAACUUGUGUAUCCACUUCUCUGAUUCAUACAACAUGGAAAAUUUUGUUGAAUGUUUCCAAUCAUUCAUUGAAGAAUGA